AUGACGUCAGCUAAAGUGGUGUUCUUAAUAGCCCUUGCGCUCUUCGCCAGCGCCGCGGCGCAGCCCCCGAAACAAGGGUUCUGGAAGGGCACCCCCAUGGACAGCAUGGUGGAGGAGAUGAGGUCGGGAUGCGCCGAGGGGUCCGACCCCACUGCCUGCAUCAAGUACAAGGUGAUGUCCCUGCUUGACAGCAUCUUCAAGAAGGACUCGUUCCAGAUCUCGGACGCUGUCGAGGUGACGAAGAACGACGCCAGCGAAUUCAGCGGCCGCUCCACUGGCGACUUCUUCGACGGCGUGGAGAGCUACAUCCGCUCCCAUGACGUCACCUUCCAGCUGCCCAUCGCUGACACCAAGGUGACCGUGAGCCCGAGGAACUUGGAGAACGACGAGCUCAGCCUGAACAUCAAGUUCAACAAGGAGGGCGCCAGGUCGGUCGGAGAGGCGCGCAAGGCCAAGCUCAAGAAGAUCAUCGUGCCCAUUCUGGUGUUCGUGCUCCUCAAGGCCAUGACCCUCAUCCCCCUCGCCAUCGGAGUCCUCGGCCUGAAGGCCUGGAACGCUCUGCAGCUGUCCUUCUUCUCUUUCGUCGUCUCCGUCGCACUCGCGAUCUUCCAGCUUUGCAAGAAGUUUACCCAGAUCGCGGCAGACAACUCGCACCCGCAGAUCGCCGCGCACGGGCCCUGGGACGCUGCCUACGCCGCCACCCGCCGCAGGAGGGACGCUGAGCCCCAGGAACUCGCCCAGGAGCUGGCCUACAACGCCUACCAU